ACAACACGGACAAGAGCAGCCGUUACGGUAAUUGUUCCCGUUCAAACAAACGCUCACAUUACACUAUAUGUAUUAAUAAAAUCAAACCAGUGCUCAAGUAACAUAAAAUUAUAAAUUAUAUCCAGAAAACCGUAACGUUCUAGAAGUGUUAGUGUAACCAAAUUAUAACGUUAUUUUUUUAGAGUGAUGAGUAAUUUUGCGUAUAUUACUAUCAGUAAAACUCGUUUACAUAUGAUAUCGGACUGAUAGAGGUUGAGGUGAUAAGUGAGACUGUUGCCGGUACUGCACUGUAAUAGAUUGUGUUUACGUGAUUGGAUGUAUUUUUAGUGCCUCAUAUGUAACAGUGAUUGUGGUCAGAUGUAUGAGUGAUGCGCCGGCCCGAUGCAAGUGUAGCGUUGGACCUAUUUUCGUAGCACGGAAAUAAGAGCGGCAAAGGGAGCAAAAAGCUCUCACCACCUAAAAACUUGAGGACGCACACGUCUAGUCAGUGUCUAUUUCUGUUAUGCUCAGUAUAUAUAUUAAAAUAAUAUCAAAAUGAAGAAAAUGACAAUAUUUAAAUUGAAAUCGAUUUUUGGUUCCAAGAAAGGCAAACGACAUCAACAACAAUUAUCGUCGAAGUCUUCUCGCUCGCCGUCUCCGGAGUCUGUGGGGCCGGCGUCUCCUUCCAGCGGGGAGUCCUUUCGACCCAUACUUAGGACUCCACCUCCCUCUCGCGUCGGCCCUCCACCUUCCCCGCCGGUGCCAACACAUCCUAUUGCACCAGUGACCCCUGAACCCUCGGCUCCACUUCCUCUAAGUCCAUGCCCAGUAUGCGGUCGUACUUUUGUACCUGCGUCUUUGGCCAAACAUGUCAAAAUAUGCGAGAAGAUGACGGUAAAGAAGAGAAAGACCUUCGACUCCUCAAGACAGAGACGUGAAGGGCUGGAUGUGAAGAAUCAUGUUAUCGGCACGGACUUAGAACAAUACUUGCCAAAGAAUUUCGGUCUUCCAGAAAACAGCCCCUUCUUGGAGAAGAGUCCUCCGAAUACUGCCAAAGCUACGCCGAAGCCUAAGACUGUUUCAGUGAGGAGUGCCAUCAUGAAGCCAACCGCGGAUCUACAAAAAUGUCCUCACUGUAACCGUGCGUUUGGUGUGCGUGCGUUCGAGCGUCACGUUGAAUGGUGUGCUGACAAGGCGAAGAUCCUUCCAGCGGCGCCCGCGCAACCUCCGCCCCACAUCGCCGACGCAAAACAAAGGCUCAACGCACGCACACAGUACAAAGCACCGCCAGUGCGGACGAGACGGUCAUCACAAUCGAGAGACAAAUCUUCUAAUAGCCGAUCAGCAUCCGUAGAAAGUUCUCGCGGUAUUUCUCCGCCGCGAGAGUUUGGCGACUAUAGACAUCAGCGCACGAGAGCCUCAGAAUCUGCUUCCAGCAAUGACUGCCACGAAGAUUCCUCUCCACACAUUCCUAUCAUAAGGAACUCUAGGGCAUCGCAGAACAACUCAUCAGGCGAUGCCAAUGUUAAAGCAAGACAAGCCAGACUCGCUAGAGACAUCAGCAGCUCUAGAAUUGAUGAUAAUUAUGAUCCCUUCGCAUCAGCCGCUAGACAGAUGAAGGAACUCAUGUCAUCUGACACAGACAUUCCUAAAAAAACCCUAAAUUCCUCUAAAAAUUCCACAAACGGCACCUUACCUAGUUUACGUCCCACGAAAGAUAAAACACCCCUCCAUAAAAAAACAGAUAAUAGUAAAAUGAUAAAAGACACUAUCAAUAAGACAUAUCAGAAAACACCAACUCUCUAUAGGAUGAAGUCGUUCGGUAGCACUAGUAACGAUAACAGUACGGUCAAUAAUAGCUUCGGCGGUAGAUGCAGUUCGUUUAGAAUCAACAGAAAUGAAAAGAAACCUAACAUACAAACGAAACCAAACGCAACAAAACUAAACACAACAUUUACAAAGUCUAGUAAAGAAAACGUCAGUUCCAACGAUAAAACAUAUUUUAACCGCAACAGCAGUUUGAACAGAUCAUUUUCUAGUUAUUCUAAUUCUAGUUAUAGUACACCAAAAUUAAAGGAUAAAAUUCCAAAAAUAUCUCAGUCGAUGCACCACGGUUUCCAACGCAGCACUAUUAAACAACCAAUAAAAUUAGAUAAAAUAAACAAGGACGAGGAAAAGAAAAGUUUCGUUAAUUUGGAUUCCAUUCUUGCUUUCGACAACACAUCUAUGAACGACAGCAACUAUAUAGAUCCCAGACUCAUAAACGAAAACGAUAAUCUCCCUAUCGAUGUCAAUACAAUACUAAACAAUCCUGACAUAAUUAGUAGUAUGGAAUCUUUACUCACAACUGAAAACUUACCAGCUAAAUUUGAAUCUUUCAAUUCAAACAAAAAUAAAAACUAUGAAAAUAACAUAACACAGUCGCUGACCCUCAAAUUAGAAAACAAUAAUAAUAUAAAUAAAAACGCCAUAACUGAUUUUAGUUCUCAAUAUGAUAAGUUAAUGUCUUCUUUAGAGCAAAGUAUAGCGUCAAAGACUUCCGUUAGAGAUGAUGAUUCUCUAUGUGGAGACUUUGACCUCGAAGAAUUUAUGUCGAACUUUGACGACGCAAUGCAUAAACAAACAAUAGAUAAAAGGACUUACAGUUCAACUACGAGGGUAGUAACAUCUGAACUAUCUAAGGAAGUUAGGUCCACAGACACUAAAGUUGUAAACUCUCCAAAAGUAGUCAAUAGUGGUAGUAAUGGUUUAAUACCUGUUAACAAAUCAACGUCUCUUGUUUUUAGCAAUAACAAUAUAAUGAGCGAUAAAAUAUUCCCAUCCUCUAUUAAACGAUCCACUUCCCUCCUCGACUCCAUACAAAAGAAGUCUGGACCAAAGAUCGACAAUACAAAAAGCCGUCACAAAACUGAUCAACUCGAAGAAGACCUGAUGCAAUCUCUUAAAGAUUUUGAUAAAUUCUAUGAAUCUGAGAGGAAUGAAAAUCAAUCAACUAUGAAAGAGACUGCUCACGCAAAUAAAAAUGCACAUGAUUCAUCAAAAAAAGAUUUCAAACGAAAGACAGAUCAUAAAAGCAAGAAAUCUGACAGUACGAAUGGGAAUUAUACACCGAAUGGAAAAAGCAGCAACGAUUCGGCGUAUAGCAGGUUAGUCAGCCUUAACAGGAUUUCGCCAUCGAAACUGUCGUUGUGUAAUACAAAAGAGAACAAUGGAAUUUCGUCGUUGGAGAAAAUCCCAGCGGGUUCGGAUUCAAGUUGCAGUCACAAGGACGACGUUAGAUCGAUAUCUAGCGAGGAGUUCCUGGCUAUGGAACGCUCCACUGAGCUGGAUGAAACAUUACUGCGACCAGAACAGAAAGAAGUCGCGAUAACAAAUAAUGAUAAACGUUCGUGCUCGCGACAGUCUCGGCACAGUUCAGGCUGGGGGCGAAGACCUGAAGCUCUAAGCUCCAGUGGCUCGGAGAGCUCUCUCCACAAACCCGCCCCGAGACUCUCUCGUUUCUGCCAUGAAUGUGGAAGCCGAUUCCUCGACACGGCCAAGUUCUGUAUAGAAUGUGGCGUCAAACGACUACUUAUCUAGUGUGGUCGUAUCUAGUCUAUGCUGUACUUCGCAUCCAGUGAUGCUGUCGACCAUUUUAUAUGAUGUAAGAUCUGAACGGUGUUUGUAUUGGUUGAUCUUAUUUUAAAUGAAUGCACGUAAAUAUUAUAUGCAUAUUUAUUUUAAUAAUAUAAAAGUAUUAUUAUUUAAUUUUUGGCUAUGUCAUUUGUUUUUCUGAUAAAUUAUAAUAGCCAGGUCAAUACCAAAACGAUGUCACACCAUAUAUUGUAUGUGAGUUUUGAAAUUGCGUACUAAACAGAACUUUCUCAAACUGUAUGUAGGCUCCGCCUUAUAAAUAUAAAGAAAGAUGUUUUUACUAUAGUAGAUAUUUAUUUAGAAUAGAUCUACAAAUCCUGAGAUCUGCUGUUUAUGAAGUGCCUUCCCUGUAGUUAGUUAUUGUAAUAGCAUUAGUAACUUAAAAUUUUAAACACUCACCGGGGCCAGCGAUUUGAAAUUAACAUAUCUGUGAUAUGGGACAUGCAAAAUCAAACUCCUGAUAUAUUUUAGUUCUAUGUGCAUUAUUAAAUUGAAAAAAAAGCAUCAAGUGCCAAUUUUACUUGGAAUUUUAAAUGGAUUUUUGUGAGCCUGUGUAUAUUUUUAUUUAUGUUUUGCACUUGUUAGUAAAGUUAUUUUGUUUUUUAAUAUUUUAAUUCCAACUUCCAAGAUAUCCUAAUAACAUCUCUUCUACGUGUGUAGCCAUUUUUAACAAGACUGACUUAAUUUCGAAUAUUUGGAAGUUUAAUGUAUUGUUUAUAAAUGAUUACAAUAUCAUGUAAUAAAUUAACAUUUUAAU